AAAAAAAAAUCUUCUUCUUCAAUAUGAGAGAAGUGGCUUUGUUUUGUAUAUUAAUCUUCUUCUUCAAUAUGAGAGGAGUGGCGUCGCUGUGUAACAAAGCAAAAAUUAAAAUUAUACAGUACUGGGCUCAGCCCGUCUGACAAUAUUCAUUGGGUCAGACGGUCUGACCCAAUACUUUCACUUAAAUUAAAUGUAUCUAAAUAGUUACAUGUAAAAAUGAAAUUGGCUCCACUUUUACCAUAUCUACUUAUUCGCAUGAUAAAUUGAAGGAUUCAGGUGACCGGCAACUUAUUAUACUUACCAACAAAAAAAACCUCUUUUUCCGAUAUUUUUUUCUCUAGUCAAUUUAUUGAGUACAAUAACCACAAUCUUAUUUAGUAACUAAAAUAAAAAGUACCAAAAAGUUGAUGCCAGAAAUUGUCAUUUGCUAGUAACCGGAUAAGGCCUUCCCUAGUCAUUUAUUUAUAUUUAGCUGCUGUUUCGUUGUUUAAACGCGCACGACAUCACGCGUGACAACACAAACCCAUUCUCUCUCCUACCUGUCUAUAUAACCCACCACGCACUUCUUCCACUUUGAUCUCUCAUUCCACAUACAUUUCGCAAAGUCGACUCUCUUUUUCAAAACCAAAAUCACCAUUUUUAAGCUUUGCCAAAAAUAACAACCACUUAAACCAUAUCAUAAUUCAUAAAAUCACAAAUAUGUGUCCGACCAAUUUCUCUAACGAAUUCGCCGUAAAAUCAAUGGAGUCCUCUCUUUUCACCGAUAAACUCGCCGGAAAUCUCCCUGCUCCUGACAUUCACGUCAUCACUUCCGGCGGUCUUCGCAUUCCCGCUCAUUCUCACAUUCUGGCAAUGGCGUCGCCGGUGAUGGAGAGGAUAUCGGGAAGGCCAAGGAGGAAUCGGAAAACAGGGGAGAAAGCGAUUCCGAUUCUUGGAGUGCCUUGUGAUGCCGUUUCUGCCUUCGUGCGAUUCCUUUAUUCAUUCCGAUGCAAUGAAGAAGAGAUGCAGAAGUAUGGAAUUCAUCUCUUGGCACUUUCCCAUGUAUUCUCUGUGCCAAAACUGAAGCAGAGAUGUGCCAAAGAAUUAGCUCAAGGGCUAAUGGUUGAGACUGUUGUUGAUGUACUUCAAUUAGCUAGAUUAUGUGAUGCACCAGAACUUUACCUCAAGGGUAUGAAAUUGGCAGCAAGGAAGUUUAAGGCUGUUGAAAAGACUGAGGGCUAUAAAUUUCUUCAAAAACAUGAUCCCUGGCUUGAACUUGAAAUCUUGCAGUUUAUUGAGGAAAACGAAUUGAGAAAGAAGAGGACAAAAAAGCAAAAAGAGGAGCAGAAGUUAUACAUACAGCUAGGUGAAGCAAUGGAUUGUCUGGUACAUAUAUGUACAGAAGGGUGCACAAGUGUGGGACCCUAUGAUAUGGAACCCUCCAAGAAGAAGGAGCCUUGUAAAAGAUUCUCCACGUGUCGCUGUCUCCAGCUUCUGAUUAAGCAUUUUGCAACGUGUAAGAAGAGGGUUAAUGGUGGCUGUUCUAAAUGCAAGAGGAUGUGGCAACUUCUUAAGCUUCAUGCUUCCAUGUGUGAGCAACCUGCCAAAUGCAGGGUUCCUCUUUGCAGACAAUUCAAGUUGAAGAUGCAACAAGAGAAGAAGGGAGAUGAUGCAAAGUGGAGGCUAUUAGUGAGGAAGGUUGUUUUGGCCAAAACUAUAUCUUCUUUAUCUCUGCCUAAACCACAAGAAUGUAAACCAAUUCAACACGCAUUCUCACCAAUGUCAUGCGUCCAUCCUUAACGACUUUUUUUUUCUAGUGUUCAUAAUUUUGCAAAUUGUGCUCAAAUCACAAGAAACCGACCCGGCCCGGCAAGCCCGGGUGCCCGACAGCUGGUCUCUUUUUUUUUUUAUCUUUUUUUAUUUUUUGGGGUUGUGUACAGAGUUGAAUGGGUGUUUUUUUUUUCUUUGGAGAGUUGGUGGUAUAGUAAUAGUACUACAGUGUAGCUAUUAGUCAAGUCUAUUUCAAUUGCUCUCUCCAAGGUGUAGGUAAUUAGGUUAUAGAGGAGAGUUGUUGAAAUAGUUUGAUGGUGUAGUAUAUUGUGAAUGGUCUUGUAGAGUGUAGACAACGUGGAAUUUAGCUAUCCAUGUAUUGAGAAAGUUAUGAGAUAUCUUUGUUGUUUUGUUCAUAGAAUUUUCGAAAGGUAACGUUCUAAUAUUUAACAA